UCACCCGUCUGGGAACUGAGUUUGGGGAUAAAGGGGAGGGUUUUCCCACCUUAUCCCGGAAAAGGACGGAGAGCUGCGAAGGGAAAGUGCGAUCGCCUGUUCCGUGGAGCCCGUUCCCUGCCUCCCGCACUGCCUGCUCAGCUCCUGCUUGUGAUGCUUUCGUGGGACGGGACGGGAGCUUUCAGCAGGGCUGCGCUGCGAGGCCGUAGCCAUCAGAAAUGAGUCUUCACGAUCUCCACAGACUUAGCCUUGGUUCAAACCAGGGAAGGUCCUGAAGGAUGCGAGUAACUUAGAGUUCUGUGUUGAGAUACUCACCUGGGCGCUGCUGUCUCCUGGAGAAACCACCCGAGAAACUGACCUGUUGUACGUCGUGUUACUUUAUGCCACGUUUGUAAGACUGUUCUGCAGCCUCCCUUCCUGCAAGGAGUGUCAAGAGAGCAUAUUUUGUUUCUGCUACGAGCAAUUGCCAAUUACUCAUAUAAAAACGAUCUGAAAGAGGGAGUGCACUGUAGAAUAAGUAGUCAUGCAGUGACAUUGGAUGUUGUGGCUAUUGGUAGCGGGCAUCUCAUCAGGGUAGUGCACAAACCUAACCAGGUUCUCUCUUCUUGCAGGGUAGAGUGAGCCCUGCGGAGACACGCUAGAGGGACCACCCCCCAUUUCACAUCUAGCUGAGUGGACUAUGGUGGCAGGAAGAUGCUGGCUCGGAAGAGUAUCAUCCCUGAAGAGUAUGUGUUGGCACGGAUCGCUGCCGAGAACCUGCGCAAGCCGCGCAUCCGAGACCGGCCACGCAAAGCCCGCUUCAUUGCCAAGAAUGGGGCAUGCAACCUGGCACACAAGAACAUCCGCGAGCAGGGGAGGUUCCUGCAAGACAUUUUCACCACCUUGGUGGACCUGAAGUGGCGUCACACACUGGUCAUCUUCACAAUGUCCUUCCUGUGCAGCUGGCUGCUCUUUGCCAUGAUGUGGUGGCUGGUGGCUUUUGCCCAUGGUGACAUGGACCCAAGCACAGAAAGCGCUACGAACAGCACAAAGUGGACACCGUGUGUGACGUGUGUGAGGUCUUUCACCUCCGCUUUCCUUUUCUCCAUUGAAGUUCAGGUGACCAUUGGUUUUGGGGGCAGAAUGAUGACAGAGGAAUGUCCCUUGGCCAUCACAGUCUUGAUCCUGCAGAACAUUGUGGGUCUGAUCAUCAAUGCUGUCAUGCUGGGCUGCAUAUUCAUGAAAACUGCCCAAGCUCACAGGCGGGCUGAGACCUUGAUUUUCAGCCGGCAGGCAGUCAUUGCAGUUCGGAAUGGCAAACUUUGCUUCAUGUUUCGAGUGGGAGACCUGAGGAAAAGCAUGAUCAUUAGUGCCUCAGUGAGAAUCCAGGUCGUGAGGAAGACUACGACCCCUGAGGGAGAAGUCAUACCCAUUCACCAAGUAGAUAUCCCUGUGGAUAACCCCAUUGAAAGCAAUAAUAUAUUCCUCGUGGCUCCCUUAAUCAUUUGUCAUGUUAUAGACAAGCGGAGUCCUCUUUACGAUAUCUCUGCUGCUGACCUGGCACUCCAGGACCUGGAGCUCAUCGUGAUACUUGAGGGAGUUGUAGAAACAACCGGCAUCACAACGCAGGCGAGAACCUCCUACAUAGCAGAGGAGAUUCUGUGGGGUCACCGCUUUGUGCCCAUUGUCACUGAAGAGGAAGGGGUGUACUCAGUCGACUACUCCAAGUUUGGCAACACUGUCAAAGUGGCAGCACCACGCUGCAGCGCUCGGGAGCUUGAUGAGAAGCCAUCCAUUCUCAUCCAGACACUGCAGAAGAGUGAGCUCUCCCACCAGAACUCCCUGAGGAAACGCAACUCCAUGAGGAGGAACAACUCCAUUCGGAGAAGCAACUCCAUGAGGAGAACCAAUAGCUCCCUCAUCGUGCCCAAAGUGCAGUUUAUCACACCCGAGGGGAGCCAGAGUGCCUCCGAAACGUGAUACACAGCUCUGUGAGAGGGUGGUGGGCUUUGGAAGGAGGAGGCACCUUUGGUGUUUGGGUUGAAUUUCCUUUUACUUCAGAAAAUGAGGCCACAGUGCAGAAAAGAACUGUGCAAGAGAUAUUUAUUCUGUUACUUACUGAAAGCACCACCUAAUGGCGUUAGGAAACACGUUAGCACUUAGUGUAUGAAUUAAUAAAAAAUGGCACGUACACUAAAGAAAACACUGUUCACACAUGUAAUAUAAUGUGUAUUUAUACUUGGUUUCAUGGCAUGCUAUAUUUUUUAAUCGCAUUCUUUCUGUCAAGGGUCUUUUUCUUAUCUUCUUCUGCUGUCACAGAAUAUGCUUUCUUUUCCUGUGUGAGUGGGUUACCCACCUGCAGGUAGAAGUGAGUGCUUUUUCAGAACAGCUGCAUACAACAGCUCCCACGGAUUUUAUGUGGGUUACUUGGAUAUUGAUCUUUUAAGGGUGAAUUCCUUGCUGUCUUGAAAGGAGUAGCUAAAUUCCUCCAUGAUUUCACUGGAGAAGAGGCAAUAUCUUAUAUUCAGUUUUCCAGCACUUUUUCUUUCCAUUGGUUUAUUGCAAAGGCAUUUUGAGAGCAAAUUCAGGUCAGCUGAAGUGACCUGACCAUCCCACAGGAAAACGGGUGCCACUCCAAGCAGUGGAACAGCAUGGCCUCUUGUAGGGCAUUGCUCUUCUCAGGGUGAGGUGCUCCAGUGCAGGACAGCACACUUCUGUAAUGUAGCUCUGGCCCAACCUGAGGAACUCAAGUUCUCCAGCUGCCAGCCGAGCAUCCAUUGCACUGAAAUUAUGCAAGCUGGAAAAAGCACACACCUCUUGAACAUGCUCUUCAUAUCAGUGGAAUACCAAAUCCUGCCCUGUUUUCUCUUGCAGAUUCAUACACUGCAGACAAGUGUACUUCCUUCGCUUACAGUAUUUUCUGUAGGACUAAGUCUGCUUCAGCACGUUACUUUUGGCCAGUGAGAAUCCAUGAAUGAGAAUGAGAGGGAACCAUGACAAUCAUUUUCAAAACUAUCUGAAUAAUUUUCAGGGACACUUGGGUGCUACAGCUGAAUUACUGGUUUUCAGCAGCAUUUCACCUGUGAUUUUAUAUGAUAUGACAUCGGGAAUUGGUAGUAAGCAGCUUUUCUCUUCAAAUUACAAUGGGCAUUUGUUAUCUAGAGACUUCACAGAAAAUACCAUUAAAAGGUUUUUUGCAAUAAGGAAAUAUAAUUAUGGACAAAUUCCUGUUCAAAUUGCUUACAAAAGUUGUCCUAUUAUGUCUGAGGCUCAGGAGAAGUACUAUCCUUGCACUGAAUCUCCCAUCCAUUCAACCACUUAAAUACUCUUGUAAUUUUAAAUGUUUACUUCUUCUUAUCAGGUAAAAUAGUCAAAGCAAUGCUGAAUUCUCAUUCUCUUUGGAAGUCAGUUCAUCAGCACCUGUAUGGAUGGUUUGCAGGCUUUGUGCAGUGUUGGGUGGUAGCACAGAGGGGCGAUGCUCUGUAGCAUAGGCUACUUACAUUUAGAGCAGGUGCUUUCCAGAACAUAAAUACUGACAAAAUACUUCAUCUGAAGCAGUAGCAGAAGCUGAAGUUUCUUCUAAAAGCAUUCAUUCCUUGGCCUGCCCAUUACUGUUCUGGGAGGAUGGAUGGUGAGCAUCUGGAGAUACUAAUGUGUCCAUUGUGUGUUCAAACAAUGCACAUCUGUAGCCUCCAAGAAAAGUCAGAGCAAAGCAUACACAGUUUGUCUCUGGCCUCUGUUCCCAGGGUUGAGAGUUUCUUUGAGGCUGUUUGAUCUAUGGUUACGUCAGAUGCUGUACAAAAGCACAUU